UCAAACCCACCUGAAACCACGAUGAUUCAACCCAAAGGAACCAUCGUCUUCUCCACCAUAGGAAGGAAUCACUAUGGCUUCGAUGUUUUCUCCAUCUCUUUAACUCCUAAACUCAACACCCAAUGCAUAGAGCAUCGUCUCACAGACGGUGCUUCCAUCAACUUUAAUGGUCAGUUUGUCGACGAAGACCAAACCCUCAUCUACGUCUCCGAGCGAACCGGCUCAGCUCAGAUUUACCUGAACCGUCCUGAAAAUCCCAAAUUAGAGCAACUCCCUACUGUCACUGCGAGCCUAUUUCACGACCGGCCGGUUCUACGAAUCGACCGGUUGUACUAUGUGUCUGCUCACGAACCGGCUGAUAAACUGUUCACCAGCUGGUCUGCCGUUUACAUGACCAAACUCGGAGACCGGAAAAUCGUCCUCCGGUUAACUCCUAAAGGAGCAGUCGAUUAUAGUCCGGCUGUUUCGCCGACGGGGAAGUUCAUUGCUGUAGCUUCUUACGGGUUCCGUCCUUGGAAGGGCGAGUUAGACGAGCUCGAUACGGAUAUCAUCGUUUUCCCACCGUCCGAUCCGAAUCGACGGAUUGUCGUCUGCAAACGCGGCGGAUGGCCAACGUGGUUCGGCGAUUCAACUAUUUUCUUCCAUCGGAAAGCCGACGAUGGAUGGUGGAGCAUUUUCCGAGUAGAUCUACCUGAAAAUUUCCAACAUUUGGACGCCGGUGACAAUCCUCGCCGCAUAACUCCGCCAGGUGUCCACGCGUUUACUCCAUCAGCUUCACGAGAUCGAAAUUUUGUUGCCUUCGCAACUCGACGGAGAGAAAGUAACUUCCGGCACAUCGAGAUCUUUGAUUUAGAAUCGGAAUCGUUUUACAGAGUUACAGAGUCUCUCAACCCAAAUUUCCACCAUUACAAUCCUUUUUUCUCCCCCAAAGGUGGUUUCCUAGGAUACCACCGGUUCCGUGGUGAGUCAGCUCCGGGAGUGACUACGAUUCCACACCUGGAUCCUAUAAUUUCUCCCACAAACGAAAUGAGGUUGCUUCGGCUCAAUGGAAUGUUCCCUUCUUUCUCUCAUAAUGGAGAUUUCAUCGCUUUCAACCACGACUUCGACAUGAAUUCUGGGUUGAGGAUUGUGAGAAGAGACGGCUCGAAGAGAUGGGUUGUUCUGAAAGAUAGAAACGCCUUCUGUACUUCGUGGAACCCAACAGAAAAUAAUGUCAUCUACACGUCCAUUGGACCCAUAUUUGAGUCAGCCAAAAGAACGGUCCAGAUUGCAAGGAUCAGUUUUGAUCCAAAAGAUCUUACGGAUGAUCGAGAAGAGAUUCCCGCCACUGUGAAGAUACUUACUAGAGAAGACACCGGCAACAAUGCCUUCCCAUCGUGUUCGCCGGACGGCAAGUUCUUGGUUUUCCGGUCCGGAAGAUCCGGUCACAAGAACCUCUUUAUAGUCGACGCCGUAAAUGGGGAAUUCAACGGCGGGAUCCGUCAACUAACGGAUGGGCCUUGGAUAGACACGAUGCCCAGUUGGUCUCCCGACGGAAAACUAAUAGCCUUCUCAUCGAACCGUCACAACCCCAAUAACGUCGAUUGCUUCAGCAUAUACCUGAUCCGACCAGAUGGUUCAGACCUCCGGAGAUUCCAGUUGGCAGGACCGGAGGGAUUGAGUGACGUGGAUAGGGAGAGGAUCAACCACGUGUGCUUCAAUUCGGACUCAUCGUGGCUGUUAUUCACUGCCAAUAUAGGCGGCGUAACGGCGGAUCCAGUGUCGUUGCCGAACCAGUUUCAACCUUACGGGGAUAUGUAUAUGGUGAGGUUGGAUGGGAGUGACUUGCAGAGGCUGACGUGUAAUGCAUAUGAGGAUGGUACACCUUCGUGGGGGCCAUCAUCAUCCACAAAGGAGGAGAUUGAAUUGGGUUCCAUGUCUUUGGAAGGUAAUAAGGUGGGAGGUGACAAGCUCAAGGGUCAAUUCGAGGAACCAUUCUGGUUAUCUUGCAACAUAUGAUCACAAUCAAGCUCAAGAGCUUUAUGAUUUUCUAGUACCAAAACUCCUAUGUUGCGUGUGU